UAGAAAGUUUGUGUAUCUAGUUUCUGAUCGAGUUCUGUCGUCUGCUAAUACGCCUCUUUAUAUUUAAUCAGUAUAUUUACAAUUACAUCAGAUAAAAAGAAGCAUGUUUAAUUUUCGAUUAUGACCCACUUUUUUAUUAAUUCAUCAACCUUGUUACUUAACGAUGCCAAACAAAACUAAUGCAGCCGUUUUGGGAGCAUGGACAUUUUUUGCUUCUGCUCAUGCCAUAGAUGUUUGCGGCAUAAAUGGACUUCCUUUGACUCCAAAUUCAAUACGUAUAUUGGGUCGUUUUCAGAAAUUAAAAUCAUUAUAUCAUCCAGGGCUAUGCACUUACUUGGAUAUAAAACGAGGCAAGCAUGAACGUGUGAUGAUAGUUUGUGAAUAUUAUCCAGACAGUGUUGAAGAUGUAAAAAUGAAAUUAACAUUAAGAAGCCUUAAGAAGUUGGCAAGUCUUGCUUAUGAAUCCUUGGACGCUUUGUCAUAUUUGCAUUCGUAUGACAUCAUUCAUCGUUGUCUUUCUCCUCAAAAUAUACGUCUUGAUUCCAAGGGCCAUGUAAAAAUUUCAAAUUACGGUUUAUAUUACAUUACAGAAUGGGGAACCACUGUGUCUUUUCCAAUUGGUGUUCCAAAAUAUAUGGCUCCUGAAAUUCUUGCUCAUGGUCCAUCUGAUCGCUCAUCUCCAAAAUGUGAUAUCUGGUCAUUAGGGCUUAUUUUAUUGGAAUUAUUUUUGGAAGUUUCAUUCUGGACUGAAUUUACAUUGGAAAAUAUGUUUAAGGAAAUUAUUUCCUUUCUAAAAUUAGAGAAUGGUCAAGAAGUUGUCUCUUGUCUUGUGAAAUCCCAUGACUCUUCAAUAAAAUAUGAAAACUGUCCAGCCAGUUUGCAGAAAUUUAUAGAAGAAUGUUUGAAUCCCUUGCCAAACUGCAGGCCAGAAGCUCAUCAGUUGUUGCUACAUUCAUUUUUUGAAGAACAUGAAUUGAUUAACAAAUCACGAGCUGACACUGUACCUUUGUUGUUCUUGUCCACGCAGCUAAGAUGCAAUGAAUGCAAUGGUGCUAAGUUUGAUCCAGUAUUAGAUGAUCAUUUGUCAAAAAGGCCGCUUCAAGAACUAUAUUAUCUGUGGCAAUUGGCUGGUGGUGAUUUGGAAGCUGAGCUGCGAAGACAAGAACUUAUCAAAGCUAAACCACCUGUAGUGACAGUUUCUAAAAUAAUAACUGGUGAAGGAGAAGAAUUUGGUCAUGAGAAAGAUCAAGCCUUUUUAUUAGAUGAUUCUGUGUCUGUGUUACCUCUUGAACCACUGAGGCAUAGAUUAAGAGAAGUGGACUGUGAUAUCUACUAUCCACUGAUAGAAUAUUCGUUGAAUGGCAUUGCACCUUCAACUUUCUUCAUGGCACUUAAAGAUACAGCCAAACUUCCCAUUGUUAUAAAAGAGAAAGAUGUUGAAUAUCAGUUACAUCGCAUUGUCUUAUUCAAAAGACUUCUUGAAGCUUAUCCUUAUAAAAGAAAUCAAAUUUUCCAAGAAUGCAAACUUGAUAUACCACCUUUAUAUAGGCCUUGGAUAUGGGCUGCUCUUCUUGAAAUUGAGGGUGAUAUUCAAGAAAUGUAUGAUAGCAUUGACAAAGAAACUCCUACUCCAACGGAUAGGCAGAUUGAAGUUGAUAUUCCACGCUGUCAUCAGUAUGAUGAAUUAUUGUCAUCUCCUGCUGGGCAUCAAAAGUUUAAACGCAUUUUAAAAGCGUGGGUUGUCAGUCACCAACAGUAUGUUUACUGGCAAGGUUUGGAUUCUUUAUGUGCGCCUUUUCUGUCUUUAAAUUUUAAUGAUGAAGCUUUAGCAUAUGCUUGUCUUUCGGCAUUUAUACCAAAAUACCUGCACAAUUUCUUUUUAAAAGAUAAUUCUGCUGUUAUACAAGAAUAUCUAGCAAAAUUCUCACAUCUGAUUGCUUUUCAUGAUCCAGAAUUAACAAAUCAUUUGGAUAACAUAGGAUUUAUUCCAGAAUUAUAUGCAAUUCCAUGGUUUUUAACGAUGUAUACACAUGUUUUUCCUCUACACAAAAUCUUUCAUUUGUGGGAUACUUUAUUGUUAGGCCAAUCAUCAUUUCCACUUUGCAUUGGUGUGGCCAUUUUAAAACAAUUGCGGAAUAAUUUGUUAUCAUAUGGUUUCAAUGAAUGCAUAUUAAUGUUUUCAGAUAUGCCUGAAAUCGAUAUACAACGUUGUGUGCAAGAUUCCAUUAAAAUCUUUUGUAGUACUCCUAAAAGUAUUACAUACAGAGUGCAUGAAAAUGUGGUUUCUAAACUUAAAAAGCCAUUUGAAAGUAAUGUGCGAUUUUCCAAAUCUGACAGCACUAUUGAUCCAGAUCUUGUUAUGGUACCGAUACCUGUUGCUGAACUGAAAUCUGAAGUUUCCCCAAGAAUUUCUGCUGAGGAUCUUUUAGAUAUAUUAGACUUAUCACCUGAUUCAUCAAGGACAAGAAGUAGAUCACAAAGUAUAAAAAUAUUAGUUAUUGAUAUUCGUCCCAAUGAAGAAUAUAAUAAAGAAGCUUUACCAAACAGCAUUAAUAUACCAUUUGCAACUGCUUUCACAUCUGAUGGGACAUUAGAUAAUUCAGUCAUUUUUAAUAGCAAAGGCAAGAUAGUGGUUGUUAUUGGUAGUUGCAAAGAUAACUUAGCUUCAGAAUUUGCUACCAAAUUAGUACGGUUAGAAUAUAGUUACGUCUGUACCCUUCAUGGUGGAAUAGAAGUGCUAAGGAAAACGGGAUUUCUUAUGUCUAAGUAAAACCAAGGCCUUCAGAAGUUGAUGUAAUAUCUGAACUGAAGUUACUGUCUCUAUAAAUAUUCAUUUUUUGUUACUUGAGCUUAUAUUCUGUCAGGAUAAUUCUAUAUAAGCAAAAUGAUUUUCCAUUUUUAUGAAAUAAGUAUUAAAUUAAAUCCAUGUUAUCAAAUCACUUGUGUAAUUUGAAGUUCAUUUUAUUGUAAAUAAAAAUUUUGAUAUUUCAAAUUUUGUUGUAAGUGCAUUUUAUGAAAAUGAUAUG